CGAGCUCUCCGGCUCGAAAUCCCGAGGAGUUGGGCCACGGACGGGGCGUAAAGCUGCCCCCCGCGCACGCCAAGCUCGCCACGCCAUAACAAACACACCGCGCAGCCAGGGCGCGAAGCGCGCGCUCCGCCACGCACCGGAGCAGCUGAACAGGCAUCCCAAGCUCACCAUGGCCGCCAUGUCCCAGGUCAUGCUCGACGAGAAGACGCGGCUGCGCAACACGACGGUCGCGAAGAUCGUCGCCGCGCGGGGCUCGCUCGACGACCCCGAGACCAAGAAGGAGUGCUGCCGCCGAUUGCAGAAGAUAAAUAACAUGUUGAAAGAUCGCAUCGCCGAGAUGGACGCGACCAUGGCUAGGGAUGCGAUGCACGCGGGCAUCCUGAAGGGUGGCUUUUCGGGGUGCGACAACUCGAAGCUGAUCGCGGUACUCUGUACGAGAACGAAGGCAUCGUUAAACAGAACGAAGCAACAGUACAGAGCGAAAUUUGAUAGGGACCUCUGCAAAGACGUCAAAAGUAAAACGGGUAGCGACUACGGGCGGAUGAUGGGCCACGCUCUCUCAGAUCCGGAUGAAUAUGUGGCAGAUGUCAUCCACGCGGCGUGCCACGGCAUGGGCUGCGACGAAAACGCCCUCAUUGAAUUAUGUAUGACUAGAAGCCCAGAACAACUAGAGGCAGGAAAGAAGUGCUGGGAAGGGCGCCGAGACAAGGCCCUCUUCGACUACAUCGGAAAGGAACUAGGCAUGCUGUUCAAGGAUUUGAAACACCUGAUCCUGGAGAUCCUCAAAGGCAAGAGGAACUGGACGGGCCCGGUGGACAAGAAGCGCGCGGCGCACCACGCCGAGAGGUUACAUCAUGAAUGCACGAAGAACAUGUUCCAGAAUUUUCACGAAGUGAGUGACUCAGCGUCCGUUUCUGAACGUUUCCGAACUUCAAGUUCGCGUCGACGGCGCCGACGCGAUGCCUCGUCGCGUCGAUGGCGUCUUCGUGAUCACCAGAGAGUCCACGCGCCUCACGGUAUCGAUCCGCGCAGGACCGGAUUGUGGAUUGGUUACUUACUUCUCCACCAGAUGAAGUGAAACUCAUCCAGGAGAUCUACGAGAGUACAUAUAAUAAAUCAUUAAAGAAAGCGCUGGAGGCCAAGUGCGGCAAGAAGUUCUUUUUGGCAUUAUCUGCUUUAUUGGUGCCGCCGGAGGAGUUCUUGGCCAUGCGCCUCGAAAAGGCCAUGAAGGGCUGGGGCGCCGACGAUAAAGUUUUAAUCAGAAUAUUGGGUGGGUUGGACCACGCCUCGAAGCCGUCGAUGCUCCAAGUGGCCGACGCGUACCAGCGGAAGUAUACGCGUACUCUCAAAGACGCCCUACGAGCCAACAUCAAGGGCAACUUCCUGAAAGCGGCCACGGCCUGGAUCUCGGCUUUGGAAGAUCCGGCGCAACAUCUUGAGGUUAAGACAAAUGUCGACGUAGACACUUGCACUGAUUUAGAUGCUCUACUAGAUGACUUACUAGUGGAACACAACUCCGUGGAGUGCAUGAUGGCCGAUGUGGACGCCCAGGAGAUCUACAACUGCUGCCAUGGGUGGGGCACGUCCGACGGGAAAUUGAUCGCGUUGUUGUGUUCUCGCUCGAAACCGCAUUUACAGAAAGUAGCGGCAGCCUACUACGAACAACGGGACAAACCACUACUAAAGAGAUUGAGAUCGGAGACCACAGGCUGGUAUAGGCUCUUCAUGACGUAUCUGGUCGAAUCGCCGGAAGAUGCCGACGUGCGAGCCUUGGAUUCAGCCAUGGAUGGGCUCGGCGCCGACGCCGUCGCUAUUAUUGAGUUUCUUGUAGGAAGAUCCCAAGCUCGCGUUCGAGCAGCUAAAGCUAGAUGGGAGGGCAAGCACGACAAGCCGCUCGUCGAUCGGUUACGUUCUGAAUUACAUGGCUCCAACCGCACUUUAGCUUUAGAAUUACUCAAAGGAGAACGCAAUGAGACAGCACCAGUGAACGAAAAGCUAGCAAAAGAACAGGCCGACGAGCUCCACAAAGGGGUCAGUCGGUGGGGUUCUACUGAUGACGAAAAGUUCAUCUCCAUCCUAGCGAAGAACUCGCCGAACCAGAACGCGGCGCUACGUUCUGCCUAUGAAAAGAAAUAUAAUAGAUCUCUAGAAAGUCAGAUCGCGAAGGUCGGCCAAAAAAAUUUGAAGAAGUGUCUCCAGGCGUUACUGCUGCCGCCCGCGGACUACUACGCGAUGCGCAUUCGCAAGGCCUUCGUUGGUUUAGGUACUUCGGAUAAGGUCGUGUGUCGCGUGUUGGGUGGCUCGGACAAAUGUGACGCUCUGGCGAUUGCGGCGGCCUACCAGAGGAAGUAUACUACUGUAUUGAAGGACGGCAUCAAGAAGGAGUGCUCCGGGAAUUAUAAGAGACUAGCUCAGGCGUGGGUGACGCUCCCAGAUGCGUUGGAGGACCCGGAGGCGCCCAUCGACGUGAUAGCGGACACUCAAUCGGAGCCCGACGGCGACGGGGUCGUGGACGACCCCGACCCUCCCACGCCGCCUGCGUCGCCGAAGGCGCCUUCACCUCCUCCGCCGCCUCCGGUUCCCGUGCCGCAGCCCACGGCCGUGGCCGCUCCCGUCCAACAAUGCGCUAUUUAUGAGCACCAAGAUAGUCGGGGUGUGUGGACGGCCUACGACAAUGCCACGGCGUCGAUCCUGGAAGCGGCCGUGAGAUCGAACCCGAACGCUGUUGUGCGGUUGCCGGGCAUUCCUUUUGAGGUGAGGUUUGGGGCCGCGGCUCGCUCAGCUCGCAUCCAGCAGCCGCCGCCGACCGGGGCUUUGCAGGUCAAUAUCCACAACGAGAACAGUCGAGUCGUGCGACGGCGCCCGGCUGGAAGUGUAGCGCCCCCUCCUGCUCCUCCGGCCUACCAGCAACCUCAACAGUACCAGGCGCCGCCUCCGCCGGUACCGCAACGGCCGGUGCAGAUGGCCAUGCCGGCCGGCACCUUUCCGGUGUUAGUGCCGGCCGGCCAUGGCCCGGGCAUGCAGCUCAUGGUCCGCGCGCCGAACACGGGCCAGAUGAUGACGGUCAUCAUCCCGCAGGGCGUCGGCCCGGGGGGGCAGUUCGCCGUGCCCCUGCCGCAACCGCCGCGCGUGCAAUACGGCGCGCCGCAGCAGAACUGGCGCACGGCCAUGUACUGAGUUCGCGCCUCGCCCUACGCCGGCGCGCCAAUUCCCCCCGCCCCCCUCGCCGCCCGAGCUCUGUCCAGCCCCUCCCUCCCCCAUCCUUCGGCUAACUUGCUGGGUGUUUUCGA